CUCUGCAAAUCAAAGAAUAGAUUUCAGGAAUGUUGUCGGGCGAAGAAGUUUUCAAGAAUCCGCUUGAAGGGCUUGAGGAUGAGCCUUUGAACGGACACGAUCAAGUCCGCGGUGAGCCACCACCGGCAUCGUCGUCUUCGUCGUCGAAGCCAGCUCAGGUCGAAGUGUCUACUGAUGGAUUUGUCGAUGUGGAUACUAAUGCGCCCAGCAGUCCUGGCAACAUCGCCAACGACAACCGCUUCCACCGUACUGAGGAAAUCAAUGUGGAUCUUGACGCUGAUAAUGCCAUAUCUGUCGACAUCUCUGAUGCGUUAUCGGAAAGAGAUAAGGUGAAAUAUACGGUGCAUACAAAAACUCGACUUCCGGGUAUGCGCCCCGAGACUUCUGUUGUUCGUGAGCAUGAGGAGUUCCUGUGGCUGCAUAGUGUUCUGGAUGAAAAUGAGAGUUAUGCAGGGUUUAUUGUACCACCUGCUCCUCCUCAUCCAGAUUUUGAAUCAUCUCGUGAGAAGCUCCAAAAACUUGGGGAAGGUGAAGCAACAAUGACGAAGGAAGAAUUCCUGAAGAUGAAGCAGGAGCUUGAACAGGACUACUUGGCUCAGUUUAAGAAGACCGUAGCCAUGCAUGAAGUGUUUUUGCAAAGAAUUGCUGCACAUCCUGUAUUUCGGCAAGACACAAACUUCAGAAUCUUCCUGCAAUAUGAAGAUGAGUUGGCUGUGCGAGGGAAGAACAAGAAGGAAGUAGUGGAGUCGCUUUGGAAGCGUUUUACCCAAUCAGCUGAUGAAGUCUUGCUGUCAGGGCAGAGAGAUGUUGACGACUUUUUCGAACAUGAGCGCAAUUAUCUCGUGGAAUACAAUACCCACAUCAAGGACGCGGCUUCGAAAGCGGAGAAGGUUGUGAAAUUGCGCAAAAAUGUGGCCGAAACAUAUGCAAAAAUCGGCGAUUGCCUCGAACGUAUGGCUCGUGUCGAACCGGACAAAGUGCUGGCUCGAACUGAGGUACGAGCAUCGGAUGGAAUGCAUAAAAUGAAGAAGGUUGAAGCGCGUUCCGCAAAUGACGAAGAAUUGAAGUUGACUGAUACAUUGACAUACUUCACUAGAGAUACUCAAGCUGCCAAGGAUCUGCUCUAUCGUCGUAUGCGAUGUCUUGCAAAUUACGAAGCAGCGAACAAAAAUCUGGAACGUGCACGAGGCAGAAACAAGGAUAUACCUAAGGCAGAGACCGAACAACAGGAGGCUUGCAAAAAAUUCGAAGAUAUCAGCGCAUUGGCGAAGACUGAGCUCAAAGAUCUGAAAAAACGCCGUGUAUUGGCGUUUAAGAAAAACCUCGCUGACCUUGCUGAUCUAGAGAUCAAGCACGCUAAGGCGCAAAUUCAAGUACUCAACGAGUUGAUUGGAAGGCUGAAACAGCAACCGUAAGUCACUCCAUUUUGGCUUCGCAAAGGUUGUGUUUGCAUCUAAUAACAAUUCCACAUUUUCGAUACAUUAUUUAUUGAUUUGUUUACUAAUCUAUCCGAUGGUGCCUAUGUGAUAAACCAUACUAUAGACUGCUUUGGUUUUCAAUAGUUUUAUCUUGUUAUGAUUUUCAACUACUUUGCAUGACUUAUAUAAAUAAAUCAAAUACAUCUCUCAACAUCUUUUUAUCAUACUGAAUAAAGUCUUGAC